AUGGCGUCUGCCCCUGAUACCGAGUCAAUUCCUGGCUACACAAUCUUUCGUGAAGGAGAUUAUGAAAGUGUUGCCGCCGCUGCCAUGCUGCCACAAGGCACACCUCAUCCGUUAGAUCAACUUUCUAUUAAGGAAAUUCCCGAGGCUGCAAAGAUCAUCCGGGAUUAUGCCAACCCCAAGUCUAUCAAGUUCAACUGCCUCACACUUCGCGAACCCCGCAAAGCGGAAUACCGGGCAUUCCGCGCUGGCGCUGUCCCAGCUCCUGCCCGUCGCGCUUUCGCCAUUGUCAUUGUGCGUGAAACCAACAAAGUCGCAGAGGUGGUGGCCAAUCUCGACACCGGCAAGGUUGAGGAAUGGAAAGACGUUCACGACGUCAUGCCUACCCUCACCCUGGAGGAUCUUGAUGUGAUGGAGCGUGUUGCCCGCAAGGAUGACCGCGUCAUCCGUGCCUGCAAGGACAUCGGAAUCACCGACAUGAGCAAGGUUUUCUUUGACGCAUGGGCUAUCGGAAUCGACGAGCGCUGGGGAUACGAGCACCGCCUCCAGCAGGGUCUGGCAUACUACCGCAACUCGGUGUUCGAUAACCAAUACGCCCACCCUCUGGAUUUCAGUGUUGUCGCCGACACCGACACGGAAGAGGUUCUCAGCGUUGACAUUCGUUAUGUGAACGGCGAGCGGACCGCUGCCCCUCUCAAGGAACACAAUUACCUCCCCGAAUUCAUUGGCGACAAGUACAACCACGAUCGCCUCAAGCCCAUUGAUAUCACCCAGCCUGAGGGCGUCUCUUUCAAGGUCCGCGGCAACGAAUUGACCUGGGCCAACUUCAAAAUGCACAUUGGCUUCAACUACCGUGAAGGUAUUGUCAUUUCCGAUGUGCGCACCCACGACAUGUACGAAGAUCGCGAGCGCACUCUCUUCAACCGUAUCUCCGUCGUUGAGAUGGUCGUUCCCUACGGCUGCCCCGAGAAGCCCCACCACAAGAAGCAUGCUUUCGAUGUUGGCGAGUACGGCACUGGUCUGAUGACCAACUCCCUGAAGCUGGGCUGUGAUUGCAAGGGUGCCAUCCACUACAUGGAUGGUGUCAUGUCUACUUCCAAGGGUGAGGCAGCCGUCAUCAAGAACGCUAUCUGCAUUCACGAGGAAGACAACGGUCUCCUCUACAAGCACACCGACUACCGUGACGGUACAGUGAUCUCUGCCCGCGACCGCAAGCUCAUCGUCUCCCAAAUUAUCACCGCCGCCAACUACGAGUACGGCUUCUACCACACCUUCACUCUCGACGGAACCUACAAGCUGGAGAUGAAGCUGACCGGCAUGCUGAACACCUACUGCAUGCACCCAACCGAAACCGCCGCUCCCUUCGGCACAGAAGUCGCUCCCUCUAUCAACGCCCACAACCACCAGCACCUGUUCUCUCUCCGCAUCGACCCUGAAAUCGACGGCCAAAACAACUCCAUUAUCCAGAACGAUGCCGUCUCCGCCGAAGCCGCCGUCGGCUCCCCAGAAAACCCCUACGGCAACGGCUUCUACAGCAAGAAGACCCCCCUCCGCACAUCCCUUGAGGGCGCCGCAGACUACUGCUACGAGACCAACCGGUCAUGGGACAUCAUCAACCCUAACCGCAUGAACACUAUCGCGAAAAAGCCCGUCGCCUACAAGAUCCUCAACAACAACUGUCCUCCUAUGCUCGCCAAGCCCGGUAGCACUGUCUGGAAGCGCGCUGCUUUCGCCCGCAAGCCCCUCUGGGUUACUCCCUACAAGGACUACGAGCUCUUCCCGGCCGGUGACUACGUCUGCCAGUCUGACGGCUCUGAGGGCCACCCUUACAAUUCCACCAUCGCCGACUGGGCGCAGCGUGAUGAGAACAUCGAGAACACCGAUAUCGUCUGCUACCUGCAGUUCGGUCUGACACAUUUCCCGCGUACUGAGGAUUUCCCUAUCAUGCCUGCUGAGCCGGUUAGCAUUAUGCUGCGUGCCUCAAAUUUCUUUGAGAAGAACCCUGGUCUCUGGGUGCCUCCUUCGGCUAUUUGUGUUGAUACCCAGUCGAAGAAUGCAUUCCCUUCUUCUUGCUGUGCCCCGAGUAAAUCCCGGAUGUGA